AUGCGUCGUUUAGGAGAACCAGAAGAGAGAUUUGAUGUGGACGCGGAGACGACGACGGUCGGAUUGUACGAUGUGAGCACCGUCGCCCGCAUCUGUCCAAGUAAUUUUCACCCUUUGAAAUCAUCCGGAAAUGCUUUUUUUCAGUGCUGAAUGAUUUGAAGAUCAGCAAAGAAUCAGCGGCGUGGAAGCUGAAGCCGAAGAGCAAUGAACGCUUUCUGGUACUCGCCUCGUGUUCGGACAUUGCCGUUUUCACUCUUGGAGAGACAACCGAAUACCUCGUGACCCUCGGACUCGAGGGGACCAUCACCGACUUUGUGAUCCUCGGCAGUUCCGCAUUCUGUGUCGCCAUCGUCGAAAAGCGAACAGUCGUCGUUCUUUCGCUUGAGAAACCAGUGAUUUACUUCAAACAAGAGGCGCCCUACGAAGUCGACUUUGUCGCGUGCAAUCCGACGUCUUCUGUGUGCUAUCUGACAUUCGGAAGUCGUUCGGGAGAAUGGUACACAGUGACUAUGCAAGGAGACGUGGCGGCUCCCAAGGAGAACAAUCGAGUGGAGAACUGGCAAGAGGAACAAAUACAAGAAUUUUUCUUGCUAGCGAUGCAGAGAAUCACUUCGAAAGAUAUGGAUAUGGAGAAUGUGUCCGAUGAGAUCACUCUGAUCGCCAACGGACCCAUGCAAUCGUACGCCUCCGUUCACAAACAGAAGGGCAUCAACUGGUGCGGAUUCGGAAAUUCCAAGUUCUCCGUCAUCGCGGAUGAAAGGAAUGGGUGCGAGUGCGCGACGGCGGUCGUUUCUCUCUGAAUCUCGACACGGACGGAUGGGUUCAUGUGUUCGACCCGUCCACUCACUCUUUCUGGACUGAAUUCGACUUGAAAAUCGAUGAAGCCGACAAGAUUCUGGAUUUUGCCGUCGUUGAUAAAAACGAGUACGAAGUCCCGAAGCUCUUUGCGAUUGUGGCGACGAACGGAAGCGGAACGACGCAGAUAAUCAUUCACGAUCGAACGAAGAAGGAAAACAUUUUCUCGCUCGCUUCUGUCCCCUCGACUACUCUUUUCGCAUACGGAGGAUCCGACCGAGUUCUGAUGGCUGUGGAAGAAGUGAUCGAUGAGAAAGUGGACGAAGGAGAGAAGAGCCGAAUCGUCCUUCGUCAAGUGUCGCAGUCACGUCCGGAGAUGCGAUUCGAAGCUCUUCUGAAGAACAAUCGCUUUGAAGAAGCGGAAAAAUUCGCGAAAACGUUCAACCUCGACGUCCAGAAAGUGUACAAAAGCCAUGUGUAUUAUCUGCGUGAUAACUGCGACGACGACGACGAGGCGUUCGCAACAUUGAUGCGAACGAUGGAGGCGAUAACCGAGCACAACUGGGUGGCCGAGACGUACUUCACUCUGGUGACCACGAGCCGUCGAUGCGAUCGCAUUCGGACCUACUUGUCUUAUGCUAAAAAGCGGAAGAUUGCCGACUUGGAAGUGUUCAAAAUGAUAGAAUCAGUGUGCUACACGUGGGCAACCUAUCGCAUCAUCACUGGACCUGGACAGCACGAAACGGGCGGUGCGCAGAUCAGCGAGACCAUCUGGGAUCUGUUCGUCGACGCGCUGCACGGAGGUGAUCCCUGGCUGCUCAUGUACGAGGAAUUCAUCGCCAUGUCACAGUUCACGGUACACGUGCCGGCUCUAUGCUCGUCAAAUUAACGUUCUUGCAGAAAGCCCGCGUCAUCUUCUCCCGUCAUGGUCAAUCGAUCAUCGCGGAUUUGUGCUCGGAUGACGAUCAUCAGACAGCGCGUCUCGAGGCCCUCUUCCGCAUGUUCACCGACGGAAUUUCGGCGAACAUUGGCAACUGGAGCAGUGUCGUCGAGCACAUCACAACUGACAUCUUCCCCGCAUGUCUCAUGGCUAUUGAAGACGUUAGACCUAUUUUCUCAGCUCUUAGUUUACCUUUUCCACUUUCAGCUCGUCCCAUGCCUCGAGAACCUGAUCACCACCCUCAUCCCUCUUCUCGAAUAUCGCGACUCUGCAAACUGGCCGGACAAUGCGAUCAAAGCGGCCAGCUGCUACGACACGAUGGCCAAAGUGCUGGUGGACAACGGGAACACGCCCGCGAGUCAGAGUUUGCUUCUGCUUUGUGGGAGCAAGCUGACCGCCGCUUCCUCCGCCGACGGAUCCUCCUCGAUGUCGCGCAUCAAGAAGCUCUUUUACGAUCUGCACGAGCUGAAACGACUCAAGGAAAUCUACGAGUGCUCGAUCAGUUUCACCACGUUCCAGAGUCUCGAAGCAGAAGGAAUCUGCCACAAGAUUCUGCAGAAUGCGCUCUCCAAUCCUAACACGACGCAUGCGAAGAUUGAGAAGUUUGUGAAGCCGUUCAUGGCAGAAAGAAAUCUUAAUCAGGAGCAGACGAUCGUCAACUACAUCCAGAUAAUGUCAGGAGCCGCCGUCUCGAAUGCGAACAUUUACGGAUGGGAAAAGCAGUGCGUGCAGUUGUGCGCCAGUCUUUCCGACGAGACUCGCCGCUGCUGCUCGAUCAUUUCGAUUGCCGCCAAUGCGAAGAUUCCGUGGCCAGUAGAGUUGAAUGAAGCCGUCAAUAAGAUCCUCGUGAGCCGAACUCUUUCUCGAUCGGAAAUCGAGGAGAUGCAGAUGGUGUGCAAGCGGACAGAACUAUCAAAGAUGCUCUCAUCGUACGGAUAUGGCCGGCAUGAGAUCGAACUGAUCACUUUGCCCGACGCGAGUAUGGACAUCAUUCUGACGAUCAGAUGCAUGCUGGCCCAGCGGGAGAAGCCGUCUCGCUUUGUGGACAGCAUAAAACUGCUCGAGUUGCUGAUGGCGAUGCAGGGAGCGAAGAAGAAGACGAUAAAGGCGGAGUACGUGCAGUCGCUCGCCGUCAUUCACAUGAUGUCCCACGAAGACGUCACUACUUCAAUGAUCAACUACAUUGACAGUCUCGGAGAUCGCGAGCGCGUCAAGACUAUUUCCCUCGUGUUCUCAUUCAUCGAACGUGUCGCUGAUACGCCAGCCGCCGAGAAUAACGUGGAAGAGCGGGCAAAGAUGUUGGGAGUCGGAGAAGAGUUGCUCUCGUACUACGCGUGCAGAGAUAACGACUACAACGACCCGGAACGACGGCUCAAGCAGAACCUCGUACUUGUUCGCGAAGUGCAGAAGGGACAGAAGACCGCCGUUCUCUUGUCGGACUUCCAAAAUUGCGAAUGGCAACAUGACUUCGUGGAGAAACUUCUCGCGUCGAAUGAGCCACUUACUGUCAAAUUGAAUCGGUGCAACUACAUGGGCAUUCCAAUGGAAGGACUCAUUACGAUGAUGCUCGACAAGGCGAUGAGAGAGAACGAUAUGGCGAGCAUGGUGGACAGCAUAUCCACGUACGUCGACUCGAUCAGUCCGUGGACGGAUGCGACCCGUGACAUGCUUGAUCCGAUUCCUCAUCUGCUCAGCUGGAUCACCUAUCGACUCCCAGAGCUGUCGGUCAAUGAAACAGAGUCUGUGAGAGCUGAUGAUGUGAGUACUUCCCUUCUUUUUUGUACAUUUCCAUCUUCAGAUCGCAUUCGUUAUCAAGAAACUCGGCCGAGUUGUCCGUGAAACGAUCCGCAAGUUCCCGUUCGAUGUGAUCAGCGACGAUCUCAAUUAUCUGCUGCAACUGGAAGCCUUCUUCAAUCUCGGCGAGCACAUAAUCAAGCAGUCGCUGCGUGGCCAGGAGAACGAGACCGAGAAGCAGGAGAUGUUCGGUGCGGAAGACGUGUCCGUCGCCCUGCCGUCUACUUCCUCCUCAUCUACAAGCGCGCUCAACUGCUCACUGUUGCGUAUUUUCGGAUUCAAACACUCUUUCGGAACCUACGACUUCUCCGGCGAUCCGGCACUCUUCGAGGGAGUCUCUGGGGUUCUGGCUCUGGCUCAAGUGGCUCCGUCCGUUGCUCGUCCGUUCGAUUCGGACAUUUCCGACGAGGAUGCGAAUGAUUUCCGUGCUAACUGGGAGCAGCUCAACAUGUUCCUCGCAAUGCAUCAACAGGAUCUUCUGGAUAUUUCCGCCCGUGUCUUCGCGGGUUCUUUAAGUAAGUGUGCUAGGAAUGAAUUCAUUUUCUCACCUCUUUCCCAUUUCAGAAUGCUGGUCGGGACAGUAUCGCGAAGGCAUAAUUCAUAUGGACGAGACGAUCGUUUCGGUGAUUGAAAGAAUGCUGCAGCAAAAGAAGUUCGACUUCUGGCACGCCUUCACUUUGCUCAGUGGAAUUCCGGCCGAACGCUUGGAUAAGGUCGUCCAGGAUCUGCAAAGAAGGCCCGGUGUGAAGAGCUCUGCGAAGGCCACUCUUCAGUACCUGCAACUCGCUUUCGUAAUGUGCAUCGCGACGAACAACUUUGAAAAGAUGUCCAUGAUCAUUCACUACUACGAGCAAAAGUUCCUGGUGAAGAAGCUGGCCGAAGAGGGAAUCCGCGCGAACAUAGCAUUGCCGGACUUUGUGGACAAGGUCGUGCAGCAGGCUGUCGAGUUGAAGCAGCCGAUGCCCCCGUACCGUCUGUACGAGUGAGUUCUCCUUCAGCCAAUUCUUGUUUUACUCCGUUUUUACAGUUACGUCAAGAAGUAUGUUGAGAAGAUGACUCGCGCCACGAAAGUGACGGUCGUGUCAGUCGGAGAAUACAUGGUUCGCUAUGCGACUCUUCUGAUUCGAAAGGCUUCCGCCGCUGGCAAAACUGCCGACCUAGAGAUUCGGAACGAGGAAAUCGCAAAGUUUGUCGAGUUGGCGAGGACGUCUCUGAGAAUAGCCGAAGAGGAGAAUGCGAAGUGCAUCAGCCACUACCUGCGCAGUCUCCUCUACAUUGUGUGCCCGUACAACUACGAAGUCAUUCAGUUCGUGGUUGCUUCGUUUGGAAACUACGCGACCGAAGUUAAAGAUCAGGAGUUCCACGAGAAUCUACAAUCGAUCAUGACGUUCCUGUGGUCGUACGCACGCUCGAAUCAUGUCAGUCGAGAGGAAUCGGUGUGGUUCACAAAGCGAGAGAGCAUUCUGGUGAAGGACGAGAAGGAUUUUGAGAAGACGAGUCGGUUCAACGAGCCGUUCGGAUACGGACUUCGUCAGACUUACGAGGACGACGGAAACGCGAUGUCCGAUUCGAUAAACUCUGGUUCCGGAUUUCCGACGGACGCAAUGGUCUACGAGCAGAACAGUGUGAUAAUCAGUGACAUGCCCUCUCUCGCGAUGGAACAUCUCCCAUUCCACGCGUUCCUUCUUCGCAAGAAAGAGGAUUGUGAUGAGACGGUGAUGGCUAUUGUGAAGGCGGAGCUCUCGAUCUUCAACGUGCCCGUCUGGCAGGCGUACCUUCACGAAGUCGAGUGGCUCAGCAAAUUCUUCUCUCGCGCUCACCUCCUUUCCUCUGCCAUCUUUGCUCACGCCAACAAGUACGCGAUGUUCGGAAAGAGUUUGCCGGCCGGAGAACGCAACACCAUCUUCCACCUCCUCAACAACACGCGGAAUCAUCGACGUGUCGUCAUCUCGACCAUCGCGCUCCUUUUCAAAAAAAUCAUUCUCAGUGACGUCAAAAUCGAACUGCUCCAGAUGGGAGUUGAUAUUUCGGAGCAGUGGACGACGGAUGUGUCGGGAGAAGAAAAAGAGGAUAUCGAGGAGCAAUGCGCUCGCCUCAGGGACGGAAUCGCCAAGUUCUUCACUGAGCUCGAACUCAAAAAGAACGGAUUGUACAACGAGAAAACGGCGGACAACGUCGAGAACGUCGAAGAGUUGUGCUCGCUCAUCUACGACGAAAUGGUCGAAUGGGCGAAUUCGACGGACGCAGCCAAAAAGUGCCAAGUGGUGGAGAGAAUUGCGAAGGCGAACGGAUUGGACCUGGCGGCUCUUCACGAAAGACUCGUGUUCGCCUGGAUUGAGGACACCGAAACUUCGGUAAUUCCGAUGAGCCAUGUGGACAUGAAUGAGGUAUGUUUCUCUUUUAUUCUUGUUAAAUCUGCUCCCCUUCCAGUCGAUUGGCGGAACCUCAUUCAUGGAUCAGAAGGAAGACGCGAGCGAGAAGAACGAGCUUCGCAUGCCUCUCUUCGACACUGCGCUAGACAAAGUCAUUGUGCUCUGCCAGAAACUUGACAAGAAUCGUCUGCUGAAGAAGCUCAUAGCAAUUCUUCUCAAAGGAGGACGUCGAACGAUGGGAGCGUAUACGGCAGCUGUCCGAACCACGUGCAUCAUACUACGCACAUUCACGGAAAAAGAUAUUGAGGCGUUUUCUCCAGGAGCGGAUCUGAUGGCCAUGUGGUUAGUUCGCCUGGUUUUACUUCCCAUUUUAAUUAAGUUUUUCAGUGGAACUCUCGAAAUGACCCUCUACAAUCGUCUGUUUGACAAGGCCGAAGUGAAGAGCGAUCCGAAUGCGGAGAAAGUGCAACUGAUCAAGACCCUGCUGCAAUGUCCGUCCCGCAGCCAUCCGAUGACCGCUCUCAUCGCCUGCCUCAUCAUCGAUCACGAAUACAGCGAUCCGAAGAGCAUCGAGCAAGUGAUGACUCGUCUGCAGAUCUCGAAGCAGUGGGACGUGCUUCGUGCCCUCCUCAACUACGUGCGCAACAACCGGAUGGACUCGAUCAUUCGUUCGUUCCCGCUGCUUUGGUUCCGUGUCUACGAGAAUGCGCUGAUCGAACUAAACGGCGGACCGAUGGCGACGACCAACUGGAACUACGAGCAGUGCGUGAUGCUCCGCAAGUGGACUCUGUGGGCGAUGAGCAGCAAUGUGGAGGGAGGACGACAGCCGAACAUAACUCGUUUCCUCCGUGACAUCAGUUGCCCUGUUGCUGCUUCCGUCGUUUCGGUGCUCUCCAAUUGGACUGUUGAGGUGAGUGUACAGCGAGUGAGAAUUGUUUCCGAUUGGGUUAUCAUUUCAGAAGAUGGACGACGUCGACUCGAGCAAGGUGGACGCGCAAAGAGACAUCUGCCUCGACUGGAACACCGGCAACACCUCCACGUCUGCUGGCAACUCGACCAUGGCUUAA